AUGGCUGCUCACAGUGGUACUACGGAGUCUACAGGCCCUCAUACUGGUGCGAUCCCCACCCGGAUUGCCACCGACUCCAAAUCGCAGAACGAAUUUGAGCUCGAGGAGGAGGAGUAUUCCGAGCAGCACCAAGUCAAUCUCACUUUUGAUGAGGAAGAGGCUGAACCCGAGCUUCACGCACGGACUUGGAUCGCCCUCGCCGCGAUGAACGUGUUGGUUUUCACUCAGGUCCUGGCGCUUCAGGGCCCUCCGGCAGUGUUGACCUACAUCGGAACGGAUUUGCACAACACCACCACCCAGACCUGGGUCGUCAAUGCUCUGUCACUGGUCCAGGCGGUAGUAGGACCUAUCCUGUCCACCGCAUCCGAUGCCUUCCAGGCCCGAAAGCUCCUCCUCGUGGGCACUUGCGCCCUCGCUUUCAUCGGGGCAUGCAUUGCUCCCGGGUCAGAAAAUAUCUACCGACUGAUUGGAGCGAGCAUCUUGAUCGGGUUUGGCUUUGCAGCAGUCCCUCUGGGGUAUGCUGUGCCUGCGGAAAUCCUCCCUCGUCGAUGGCGACCCAUGGCCCAAGCGGCAAUGAACGCCUCGGCGCUCCUCGCCACGGUUGUAGGCCCGUUGACCAUCGGAGCACUCAUCAAACGCGAUACGCACAGCGGUUGGCGUGACUUCUAUUGGUUUCAGGCGGCCUUAUGGGGCACCAACGUGGUUUCAGUCCUGUUCGCAUAUCGACCUCCCAAGCGACACACGGAGCUGGACAACCUCCCCUGGUGGCACAAAAUCAGACGUCUUGACCUUGUCGGAUGCGGCAUCCUGAUGGUCGGGCUCACCCUGUUCCUCACAGGUACAAGCCUAGGAGGCGGCCAGUAUACCUGGGUCGACGCCCGCACUCUUUCUCCGUUGAUCAUUGGGAUUUUGGGCCUCGUCGCUUUCGGCCUCUACGAGUGGAAGGGCACUACGACUGGCAUUGUGCACCACGAUCUCUUCGGCGCGGGCAAGGCAAACGCGAGGACAUUCAUCUUAUGCACAUUCCUCAUCUUUGUGGAAGGCCUGUGUAUAUUCGCCUUUGCUAUUUUCUAUCCUAUCAUGUCUCAAAUCCUCUUCACAACCGAUCCUAUUCUCGUCGUUCUUCGAUCCCAGGCGGCUUGGAUCCCAGCACUACUUUCGACCGUUCUUUGGGGCUACGCCAGUACUCACUUUCGCACGAUUCGAGAGCCAUUGCUGGUCGGCAACGUGAUCAUGACGGCAGGCAUGGUAGGGCUUGCGACUGUCCAACCAGGUCAAUCGACCAACGCCAUUGCCUUUGCUUGUGUCGCCGGUGUCGGCUUCGGAGCGCCUCUCGUUCUCACCGUCAGUGGCGCACAGCUGGUCGUCCCACAUAAAGUCCUGGCGACCGCCUCGGCGGUAACGACAACUGCACGCGCCAUCGGCGUCGCCAUCUUCACCGCCAUCUUCACGGCCGCUUUCAACACACGACUCAAGCACUACCUGCCCAAGUAUAUCAUAGCCGCGUCCCAAGCCUCUGGACUUCCCGAUCCUUCGAUCCCAGCCUUCCUCGAAGCACUGACGACAGGUCAGACCGCCACGCUGGCCACCGUCCCAGGUGCCACCCCGGAAAUCAUUGCCCAAGGCUUCAGCGCCUUGCAGCAGGCCUACGCGGACUCGAUCCGGGUGGUGUUCAUCAUCGCCGCUCCAAUUGGUCUCGUGGGCAGCAUCGCGUGCUUGUUCCUCGGCGACCUGAAGAAGACGAUGAACUAUCGGGUCGAUGCGCCGGUCGAAGAGCUGCAUGCGAAGCGGGAUCGACACACUAAAACAGAGACGUAG